GCAAAGAUGUCUAUAAACAAACCAGGCUGAGCAGCAGUAGAAGAAUUCAAAAUCCGAAGUAUCGGCUAGUUGUUUGCGUAUGAUUUUCUUGUUGUGGUGAGUAAAAUUGUUCCGGUGCUUUGUUUAUUUUUUCUUCAUUCCAUGUGUACGUCUACGUAAUUUCAAUUCACCGUUUGUAUUUGACAUUGCAACUAAAAACCUACGUUCAUCAUCACGUGAGGAAGUAUAGUAGAGAAAAAUAGUACCUCUAGUAGGUGAAGAAAAAUGCGCGAGAACAGUUCUUCGAGCAGUUGCUGCCGUGACCAUGUCGUCGAGGACGUGGAAGAUGAAUUUGGGGUAGAAGCUCUAUUGCCUGAAGACGUCGAGAAGGACGAGCAAGAGAAGAACCAUGUCGAGAAGAACGACUCAGGCCCGACCUGGGACGACGACCAGCAGGACGUUGACGACCUGGAGCUGUUGUACGAUGAUGUUAAGGCUUAUGCAUUGCAAAUACCGAUCUGGGUCUGAAUUUGUGACGCGGUACUUCAAGGACAACAAGAUCUGUAGUGCAUGAAUACCAUUGGCCAGUUUUUUGUCGUGGUGGAUUGCAGUUUGUAAUGCCAAAUACGAAAAAUCAAUUUUUCGCCCAAGGACAGCCGAGGACAAAAAUUUCUCAUGCUGUUCUGCCGUACAAGCCGCCAGAGUAUCAUGCAAUCCAAGUAUUAACAACACAAGUUUAUUCCAGACCCAGACAUAUUUGCAUUUCAUAAGGCUGGAGAGCAAGACGACGUCGACUCAACGACAGCAUUAUCAAAUGUAAAAAUCCCUGGACGUCUGGAAGAAUGAGCGAUUUGUCAUGCAGCUUUUCCAUGACCCAUGAGGUCCUCUGGAAUGCAGGACCUAGUCGAUGACAGAUUCUGCGCGACCUCUCUCAUGCCUAUCCUGUCGAUGAGAAACCCCCUCCCGACUUGGUCAAAACUGGACGACUUUUGGUAAUCAUGCAACACAGAUUCUUGCUUGUUUCAGAUUUAGCGUGACAAGUUGCAUUCUUCCAGACAUCCAGGGAUUUUUAUCAUCAUUUCCUUCCUGCUGCACCCGUUCUUUUUGCAGGUUCGCCACUGCUAUGGAUUGUAAAAAUGUCUGGGUCUGGAAGAAUGCAAGAUUUGUGAUGCAGGUUUUCCAUGGCCCAUGAGGUCUGGAAUGCGAGGCCCAGCAUCACAGAUUCCUUGAGGUCUCUAUCAUGCCUUUCCUGCAUGAGAGACUCCCUCUCAACUUGUUCAGAAGCGGACAGCUUUUGGUACUCACGCAACACAGAUUUUUGCAUCAUUCAGAUUUAGCAUGACAAGUUCUAAUCUUCCAGACCCAGACAUUUUUGCAUUUGAUAACUGCUUUGCCAGUUGUGGUCGCGCUCUUUGCCUUGGCGGUCCUCUUUGCCGCUGCUUUUGCCGUGUUCUUGGUGCUAUCCUGUGCAAAAGUAUCUGAUACUCGUAUUGCAGUCAUGCAUUACAAUUUUUUUUCUUAACGGAAGUCCGCAUAUACAAAUUUUAUUUCUCAUGCUGAGGAAAUUUGUAAUGCAUUUACACGAGUGCGCUACUUUUGCAGUUCAUAGGCACUGUAUACACAGGAGGUGGCCACGGCGGACCAGUUGCGUCACCGGACCGAGGAGCUGAGUGAGGAACUGGAACAGGCACAGGCGGAGCUCGAAAAAGAACUACCAAGAAAAGUGAACAUCGUGUUUGCGGGCGGCUUCCUCGACACGGAAAUUAUGCAAGCGACGCUGGUCAUGAAGCGACUCAGCGAAGAUUUCGCAGGCUUGGCGAGGGUGUAUUUCAUCACCUUUUCGGCGCUGCUGGCCACGAGGGUAGAAGAAGUGGCGCCGCGGGUGGAAAUCCUACGCGGCCCGGUGGAGGAAGCGAGAAAAUGGCUCAGGACCCGUUCCGACGUGCGGGCAAAGGACAUGCGCCCCAGUUUGCGCGAGUGGCUAGACACGACCAUCCGCGAGAAAGUGCAGGGAAACGUGGACUAUUGGAUCGCUGACUGGAUUUCGGCCAUGCCCCAGUAUGCGUCCACGACUUGGACCCCCGCGCAGGUUGCGCAGUCGGUCUGGUAUGUAUCGUGAGAAAAAAGUGUUACAGUUACACACUCUGAUGUAAGACAAGCAAGACAGACAACCUCUGUCAUGCAGGAAAUGCCAGGCAGCCUCAUUUACAUUUCAUUCGUGUUUUCCCUUAUAGUCUGCGCAUCAGCCAUGCAGAGCAACUUUGUGAUGCUGAAAUUCCAACAAAUGUGUAACUGUACCGCUUUUUUCCUGUGAUAGUAUGGCAACUCCAAAGACUACGCGAGAAGCCCGGACAGUCGCGCGCAGGGGGGCUUUGACGGCGACGGGAAAGGCGAAAAGGCCUACGUGGAGUGGGUGACAGACGUGAUGGGGGACCCGCGUCCGAGCACCUUGCCCUCCUUGCGAGCCGAGGACUCAGCGGUUUUGUGCCUACCUUCGGAGUAUCAAAUGUAAAAAUGUCUGGGUCUGGAAGACUGCGAGACUAAUAUUUACAUUGCUUGAUGACUUCCGGGCUCUGGUCCCGCCUACCCCCCGGCGACAGGUGACCUCGACAGGUGACCUCGACAGGUGACCUUGACAGGUGACCUUGACAGGCGACCCUGACAGGUGACCUUGACAGGUGACCUUGACAGGUGACCUUGACAGCUGACCUCGACAGGUGACCUUGACAGGUGACGCUGACAGGUGACCUUGACAGGUGACCUUGACAGGUGACUUCGACAGGUGACCUGGAGAGGUGGCCGCGACAGGCGAAGCGAGAGGAUAAAGCAAAGGCGAGACCAGGGCCUGGGCGCAAAUAUUUAUUUUUCAAGCCAACCUCCGCUCUUGACGUGAAAAAUAAAGUAAGAGCGCCCAAACAAAAAAAUGCGACGCGAACAAAAUCAAAAAUGAAAAUGAUUAAAGCCGUAACAUAAACUGCCUCCAUAAACAAAGAAGUCUUUGCGUUGCGAUGCAAAAAUAAAAAAGCGGCUAUCACUGCAAUGCACGGCCAGGCGACAGCUGCUUACUUUGCUCUGUGGAAUCGGAAAGGCGUUGCGCUUCAACACUAGAGAACUUUUUUGCAGCAGCCACACAGAGAUACUCACUUUGCUUCUAUUUCUGUUUUUUCUUGCAAAAUGCAGUGCGCCUAGUUCGCCCUUUUUCCAGUAGCGCUUCGCGCACUAAGCCACUACGCGCGCGCCUGGUGUGAGGCGAGGGGCGGACGCUGUCCGCCCCGAUGCCGAACACCCUUCCCCCACUAGCGUUUCGCGCACUAAGCCACUACGCGCGCGCCUGGUGUGAGGCGAGGGGCGGACGCUGUCCGCCCCGAUGCCGAACACCCUUCCCCCACUAGCGCCACUAGGGACGAGCACAAGGCCCCAGCGUGGGGACCCUGGCCCCACGCUCGGGUGGGCCUUGUUUGUCGUGCAGAUUUUCCAUGACGCAUGAGGUCUGUCAUGCAUGGCCUGGCAUGACAGACUGUGCGCGACCUCUAUCAUGCCUCACCUGCAUGAGAACCUGCCUCUCAAUUUGGUCAAAAGCGGACAGCUUUUGGUCCUCAUGCAACACAGAUUUUUGCACUAUCCAGAAAUAGCAUGACAAGUUCCAGCGUUCCAGACCCAGACAUAUUUGCAAUGCAUACGGAGCUCUACAGCUCAGGAACUACCGAAGAUCCGGGGCUUCAGACCACUUCUGCCGCUACUUGCUCCACGGCUGCAGGACGGUCCCCUAUGCUGAGUAAAAACUUUCCACACCAGAGUCAAGAUGGGAAAUCUGCUAGACAAAUCAGCCAGCUUUGGUGCUUUCGCAUGACAGGCGUGCUCUAGUAGCGUAAUCCUGUUUAGCUAGCAGAGCAGCAUCACAGAGCUCGCACGUCAUGCUGAUUGGAGCAUGAACAUUCCGAAACACGAUCAGACAUUGCUUCUGAUGGGUCUCCGCAUGAGAAACAUUUUCAGCAUGCAGAUUUGCAUUGCAACUCUGGGUUGGGGACGUUUUUACAAAUGAUAUCCUCAGCAUCUUCUUCUUCACAGGAACACCUCCAGGGUGCAGAAAUUUUCGUGGGUCGCGUGUUUCCCAUCCGCGGCGCGAGCGGAAACACUAGAUCCCCGCCUGCAGCUCCCUUUCUAGCUAAGGAUGAAGGCGUUUUUUCGAAUGAAGCCCCCGUUGCCGCGUUGAUGGUUUCCGGACAGGAGGAAACCGGCUUUUGCCCUACGGACAGAACCAAGAUAACUUCCUAUACCAGCCCCGACAACACGACGCAGCUUUUUCUGCAAUCCUUGGAAGCCGCGGCGGGGGGCCGGCAGAUCGUGUAUUUGUCGCUCGGGACGCUUUACCACGUGGAAAAACAGGUGUUUGACAACAUCGUGGCCGACCUUUCGCACCUCGGCCCUGCCAAGUACUACGUGGUACUCCGCCUGAGCUUAAAGAAAGAUGUUGUACCCGCAUCGGCUUUGCCGCCCUUCAUCCGACUCGAGCGCAACAGCAUCGACCAGACCGCUUUGCUCUGCUACUUUGGUGCCCAACGCCGCCUGGUCUUCGCUUCCUCCUGUGGCGUUUCGAGCCUGGGCGAAGCGAUGCAGGCCCGGGUGCCGGUGGUCGCACUUCCCUUCCAGCCCGAACAGCGUACGAAUGCAGUGGCCAUCAGCCGCGCUAACGUCGGCGUUUAUGUGGGGAUCGGUCGCGUCGACCCCCGUGAGACCGAGCCGGACCCGGGGCCGGACGCACUGCAGGCGACCUCGAUUGCGGGCGGAAUCGAAACCAUGGUGGGGCAGGGGCAGGCGAGCCAGGAGCGGUACCUGGCCGCACUGGACACGGCGAAGGAAAUCAUACGCGCCAACGCUUUCGACGGAGGUCGUGCGGCGCAGUUCAUGUUGCACGUCGCCAGGACGAAAAAGGCCUGGAAAAACGCACUGCGCGCCGUGCCGUAGUUUUGUUCCAGGACCGUGAAGUGAUUCUCCUUUUUUGUUUGUGGUGGUGUUCUAUCGUCGAUGGGGAGGAUACAAGAGAGAGGUGAAAGGGGGGAGAAUCAGCAAUAGAAAUUUGAAGCAUUUUCGUGUGGCGCAUGUGGGCAGCAAUGCAAGUUUACUUCGUUUCAGCAUUACAAAUUUAUUUUUUUUUAGGGUUCGAUGUCCGAAAAUGCUUAUCUUUUCCAGCGAGCCCCGGUGAUGCUGGAUUGUUGUUGUGAAAGAAGAAGAAGAAGAUGAUGAUGAUGAUGAUGAUGAUAGCGCGCGUGAUCAAAAAGUAUUAUUAUCUCCCCGAGCUAACCACAGUCUGAAAAUAAAAAGUGUGGUCUUUGCCCUUUCGCGACGCUAUGAUGGAUCUGAGUUCUAGCAACGAGCACUACAAAAAUUGAACGCGACGAUGAUGACGGCAAAACGUUGCAGAACGCCCACGGACUUUUUUCAUCUUUCUUUCUCGCUUCUGAAAAGCAGUAACAGGAUAAGCAGCAGCUACUACAAGGUAGAUUCGUAUGGACUUUCCCGAUGUUCUAGCACUUCUUUACGUUUGGAAAACUUCGUUCGUCUUUACACUUCGUCGCUUUAGUGAGAACAAACUGUCUCCGGAAUUUAUUUACUUCAUCGCUUCAGCAUUAGAAAUUAGAUUUCAACGUUUCGCAUUACAAUGUUUUCGCAUCACAGAUAGUAUCCGGUAGAAAGCACACCCGAAAAAGACCACCCUACGAAGACUAAGAUGAUGAGGCGAGACCGAGAAUUUUCCUUUUUCACAAACUAGGUUCUACAGGGGUUGGAAGUAGAGCUUGCGUGCAAGUCUAAGAAGAGAAGAAUCAUAUUGCACGUACUGAAGAACUGUGUUCGGAAUGUCUCUACUUUGUUCGCUGGCGCUGGCCUAUAGCCGUGUAUUAUAACAAGUUAUGGCCAAUUUUCGAAGAUAACAAGUCCUGCAUAGACCUAAUACAUACUACAGAUAGUACGAGAAAGACCAAGCACAUUGACAUUAGACAUAAUUUCAUCAAGGAUCUUCAUCAGAAAAAA